GCCCUGGCAAAGGGGGUUGAGCAGGCGGCUCUUAUCUCCAUAGCGCAGCCGUGCACGGGGCCUUUUGGAGAGCGUGCGCCCCGUGUGUGCGCCCCGUGUGAGCACCCCCAAGGUACACCCCCAACGUGCACCCCCAACGUGCACCCGCCGUGGCGCACAGCACCCAUCGGAGACCCCAAAACCAGAGGAGCAGCGGCAGACCAGGGGACGCAUCAUGGGCAACUGCAUCCUGGUGAGCCCCGGUGUCCUGGAGAGUGACAACUCCCUGGACCUGCUGGACAUCAUGGGCAACUUGUCCUACGAUGACAACAACGUGACCUUCCUGGACUACGACGCCGCGCCCUGCCACAACCAGUACUGCCCCGUUUUCCAGCGCGUGGCCCCCCCGUUCCUGGCCGUCACCUGCGCCGCGGCCGCCGUGGGCACCGGCGCGCUGCUGGUGACACUGGCCAAGCGGCCCCAGGGCUGGUGCUGGCCCCGCAGCCGCGCGCUGGUGGCCCAGCUGGCCGUGGCCAUGGGCCUGUUCGCCGCGGUGCUGCCGGCGGUGGCGGUGGGCGCCGGGCAGGGCUGGCGGCUGGGCGGGGGGCUGUGCAGGGUCACCCACCUGCUGUGGCACUGGAGCCUCUUCGCGCAGGGGCUGCUGCUGGGCAGCGGGUGCUGCUGCGGCAGCGCCUGGUGCCGCUGGGACCCCCGCAGCCGCCGCUUGGCCGUGGCCGCGUGGGCUGGGGCGCUGGUGCUGGCGGCGCCGGCGGCUCUCACCAGCGGCACGGCGGCGGCUCCGGGGAUGAGCUGCGUCCGCCGGAGCGUGGACGUCCUCUCGCCGCUCUACCUGCUUUACCUCGGGCUCUGCAUCGGGCUCUUCCUGCUGCUGCCGGCAGCGCUGCUGGUGGCCGCGCUGGCCGUGCCGCGGCUGCGGGCGGGCGCCGGCGCCGGGGGGCUGUUCUUCGGGCUCUGGGUGCCGUACGGCGUGGGGCUGGCCGUGGAUUUCCUGCUGCGCGCCCACGUGCUGCAGCCCACCUGCGGCACCUUCGAGCGCUUCGACUACGCGCUGGGGCUGAGCGAGGGGCUGGGGGUGCUGCACUGCUGCCUGGGGCCCGCGGCGCUGCUCGCCGCCCGGCUCUGCCGCCGCGGGGAUGGCGCCGGCGCCAGCUGCUGAGCUCCCGAGGUCCCCACACCAGCUCCUGGUCCCCUCAGUGUCCCCACCAGCCCCGCUCCCACGGGAUGGCGAUGCCGCUCCCAGGCUUGGCGCUUCUCUGCAUCCCAUUCCUCAGCAUCCCAGCUCUGAUAUUUGGGGCCAAACACCCCGAUUUGCCCAACGAUUUGGCCCUGGGUGCCUCAAGCAUCCCCUGAGCCCCCGGGGGGGUGUCAGCCCCACGUUCCCGCAGGGCCCCCCGGCUCUAUAGGGAUUCCAGAGGCAGACAGUGGUGAUGAUGGGAAGCAAGGGGAUUUUCCACUCCCUCCUGAGAAGCCGAGAUAAGCGUCACAUCCAGAUCAUCCAGCAUGAAUUAAACACAAUAUAAACGGCUGGGAGAGCCGCUCGCCAAGCGCGGUUAACGGCGGGAACCGGGGGGCACGGGGGUGACAUCCAGCACCUCCGGCCGCGCUCCCCCGGGCCGGGGGGACGGGAAGCGGGGGGCGCGUGUUCCUCGUGCCUCCAAAUGAGCAGGAAAAGCUCAUCACGAAGCU